AUGUACGAAGAUCUUUAUUACAAAAAAAUAGUGUUUGCUACGUAUAAGCGCCAUGGUGGCCCGCAGAAGUGUGUUGUACAUGACUGUCCAGACAUUAUUCCUUCUGAAGACCAGGUGUAUCCUGAUAGAGCUGUUGAACGUGAAGUCCUGAAACUAGAAGUGAUCUGCACAAACAAGGGAGAUGGCUGCCCAUGGGAGGGGAAACUUAAAGAUUAUGAAUCCCACGAAGAAGAAUGUGAGUUCAUCAGGCAGCCUUGUGGCAGGUCUGGUUGCAAGGACUUUGUGUACAAGAAAGACUUAGAGGGUCAUCUCAAGGAAGACUGCUUAAUGAGACCUGUGGAUUGCGAGUAUUGCAAAGCUAAGCUGGUUUUUAAAGACGUAAAGGAUCACCACCUGUCAGAUUGUCCAGAGUUUCCUGUGGAGUGUGAUCAGUGCCACAUGGACAAGAUCUUUACACGUUUACAGGAAGGGUUGAGGGUGUAA